CCUUUAAGGCAGUCGGGUUGGACGACUAGGGACGAGUGGAGACCAGACCAGCCGUAUAUCUCUUAGCUGUCACUUCUUCAGAGGUGACGGGACUGAAAUUUCUUCUCUUGGAAGAGCGACUGAAGAGGAGUAUCAUGAGAAGCGUAGUGCCAGUCCUCCUGCUGGCGGCCCUGGCGGCCCUGGCUGCGGGAAGCCACUUCCGCGGAACCACCAUCUCCUGGAGGCCGGACGAGAACAUCCAAGGCCUGGUGCACUUCGCCUUCCGGAUCGCCUGGAGGCACUCCUCAACUAACAACGGGUGCAAUCCGCAGAGGAUAGCAGAUGGAGUUCUCCACGGGGACACGGGUUCUGAUGAACAAUGGUACACCACGCAAGACGGUGCGCUCUCGCCUACCCAGUACUACUGUACUGACUACAGUGAGAGCGAGAACUGGGCCGCAGGAGGGAACACUUUCAGCUAUACUUUUCCUGACCUACAACCCCGGACAGUGUACUAUGAAAAUUGCUGUUGGAUCAGUGUGCGAAUACACGGGUAGUGCGGACAUGGUAUGCCACGACUGUAGUGGACCUCGCAACCAGGGCUGACACUGGCCGGCCAAACUCUUCACCAAUCAGUGCAAGUUCACCGGUUGUGAGGUUCGUACAGCAGUGCGACUCGUCAAUUCGUAUCCCGGUGGAGGACCCGGAUGGGGAUACCGUCAAGUGCAGGUGGGGUGUUGGCCUAGAGGAAUGCGGAGAGGUCUGCGGUGCCAUGCCUAAUGUGACGCUAGACGAGGAUUCCUGCACCCUGUCUUACGCGGCGGGAUUAGAGGACGGCUGGUACGCCAUUGCUCUUGUUCUGGAGGAUUUCUCCCCUGACCCUGCCUGCUCUUCGGGGUGCGGCCCCUACACCGGGAUACCGCUCCAGUUCUUAGCUCUUGUGGAAUCCACCUCUACGCCCUGCAACCAACGCCCCAUGAUUGUCGGUGACGAGCCCCGGGACCAGAGCUGUGUCGGCGUUCCCACUGGCGACACCUACACCGCCGUCAUUCAGGCGCAGGCAGAGGGCGCUGGAGUCACGAUUGCUGACAUCCUGACGACUUCUCCUCUCGGCAUGACCAAGUCCAGCCUGGCUGUCGAUCCCAACUACGAGCAGCGUGCCUCCGUCACCGUCACCUGGACACCGACGGCGCAGCAGGCCGGCCAGCACAUCUUCUGCUUCCGGGCCGCGGACACAAACAACAUCGAGUCCACCCAACGCUGUUUGACAAUUUUAGCAGGAGGUAAGAAUCUAAAUUUUAACCGGAGAUGGUAAUAUUAUGUUUUUCCUUAGUUAUUUAAACGUUAACAUUUACCCGCGUAGUUUCUUGUAACCUUUAGACACGUUGGCACAGUUUAGCACAGUAUAUCAACCAAUCUUUCGCAGCUAUCAGUAUUGACUGAAACGUAUCAGACGUGUACGGUACAAGGCGACAGAAAGAAUACUGAAUACAGAGUUCUGCAUGAAACAAUGGCAACAGAAUCCAAUACAGUCUUGCUUGCUUGUUUUCUAUGACACCAAUACUAUAGCUGGCGCCUAUUCUGACAGCUAAUGGUUGCGUUAACUUGCAU